AAAUGUCACAAUGAAAACUGAAGGCUUUUGUCAAAGUAUUUUAUAAGUAUAAAAGAAUUUUAAUUUUUAUUAGGCUAAAAUUAAAAUUAUAAUGAGUGUAUACAAUCUUUGGGAUAAAGAUGCAAAAGAACCAGUCCUCAAAACCUCUCUAUCAUCGGAAUGGAAUUUUAAAUCCCCAGUUGCUACACCGCGUUCUUCAUCACCUCCUAGUAGGGGCGGAGAAUCAAUUUUUAACAAAUACCUAGAUCUUGUAAGUUCUAAAUCAAAUAUUUCUACCGAAGCGAAACAGACGGAACCUAUGGAUCGACCUUUUGAUUUCUUCGACGAUGAAGAAUUUGCUUUCGGGAUCAAUCUGCUGAAUAACAACGUAGCAUGCGUUGGCCAUAAUAUUACAAAACUAAUUCAAAUGGCACAAGAGCCAUGGCCGGACAAUGUAAAGUUGUACCAACCAUACGAGGUGGAGCAGAUUUUGCUCCCCGACAAUGCCAGCUGUUUGGCUGUACAGGCAUUCUUAAAGAUGUGCAACCUCCCGUUCGAAGUGGAGAUGAGGUGGAACGCAGAAUUCAUGUCUCCCUCCGGGCGCGUGCCGUUCAUAAAGUGCGGCGCGUUCGUUGUCUCCGAGCUGGAGCCGAUCGUGCAGUUCGCGGCGAACAAGGGCGUCACGCUGUGCUCCCGUCUGUCCACCGAGGAGAAGGCCGAGAUGAGAGCGUACAUGAGUCUCAUCACCAAUGUUCUGGUUAAUGCUGAGUUGUACAUAUCGUGGCUAGACAACGACACAUUUAAUGCGGUGACGAAGGUCCGUAACUCCUCUGUGUAUCCAUGGCCUUUGGGAUGGCUGCAGACAAGGUCAAAGAGGAAUAAUGUAGCCAAGAGACUGAAAGCUUUACAUUGGCACGAUAAAACCUUGGAACAAGUUUUGGCUGAUGUGGAACAGUGCUGUAACUCGCUGAGUCAGCGGCUCGGAGACAAAGAUUAUUUCUUUAGCAGCUCGCCAACGGAAUUGGACGCGCUGGUGUUCGGCCACGUCUUCACAAUAAUUACGACCAGGUUGCCAUGUCGGAAACUGGCUGAGACUGUCAGGAGGCACGAGACUCUUGUUUCCCUCGCCAAGAGGAUCGACGAGCGAUACUUUAAGAGACCAUAGCGUGAGGUUUUCAAGGACAUAUCUGUAGCAUUCAGGAGUCCUUGAACCCUUCCCUUUCCCGUACGAUGUGUGAAUGUCGCUCCAUCCGAGUUAGAUGAAUAUGAAUGUCUAGUAGAGAAACCUGUCAGUUUUUCAUUUAUGAAAUGUAAAUAAUAUAUUCAAGUCUGACGGACGUUGAUACGAGUUACUUAGGUAUUUUUUUUAUUGCAAUGUCUUUUUUGACCUCAGUAAAAUGAUCCAAUGCUUGGUGGUAUAAAGACUCGUGUGAAUGUGCAUUGGGCUUGAAUACUAAAUUAUAAAUUGAACCUAUUUGGUCAUAAGCUGCCUUGUCCCACAUUUGCAAUGUAUUUUUAUACCAACAAUAGUAUUUUUUUACCAAUUCUGAAGUUGGACCUACUAACCUCCUUCCGAUGUUUACGCCGAUGCCUUAGUUCAGAUUUGAGACUAUGCCAAUUUCGAUACUUUUUUAAGUAAAUGAAUAUUUUAGCUUGCUCCUAGUGGAAAUGCUUUACUUAGAUGUCUGUGUCUUAGUAUUUUCUUCUAGAUUUUACUUGUAACCUAGUCCUCUUGAAAUAUACUUCCAUAACUCUUAAGUUUGCAAAUAUAAUGAAUGGAACAGCGCUCCGCUUGAUUAGGUGGUAAAAGCACUUUUUAUAUUCACGCCUAAUCAAAAUACUGUGAAAUUUCCUCUUCCAUUUUUUACCGCAAAAUAGAAAUAUUUCGUACGUUUAUAAAAAAAACUUUAUCCCGAUUUAGAGAGUAAGUGAAUGUGCUUGCAUUGAUUCCUACGAAUAAAUAUUUUCAUAAAGAAAUGUUAUGUAUGUAGAAGAAUAUUUUUAGCACUAGUAAGAUCAUUAGUACUUAUCGAUUUAAAUAGCGCAUUUGAUUUUUAUCACGAUUAUAAAAAGUAGAAUGUAGUAGUAAUUCUUUUAGUACUUAGUAAGUAUACAUACUAACAUUGGCGUAGCUCUAGAUUUCUUCUAGGGGAAAGGGGUUAACAAUAAGCUCCUCAGGCCUGAGGCCGCUGUAAUCUCAAGCCUUUGUCGAGAGUGCCCCCUUUUCCUCCCAGCUACGCCCAUGCCUACUAACUUAUCUAGAUGUUGUAGAGAUAUCAUUGAUGGCACAAAACUAUUAACAAAUUUUAAACAUAUUUUUUAGAUUUGGUGUAUGUAGAAGUGUUAAAAUGGGUUUGUAUACAAAACUCUAUGCACAGUGGGCUUUUGUAUGUGACCGAUUAUCACGAUAAUAGUGCAGUCCAACUUUACUGUGCAUAACGCCUUGCUUUGUGAGCCGAGAGUAUUUGCAGACCUAGUCUGUCUGAUCACUCAUUGACCAUCCAAGAACUCUUUAUGUUCUUAGCACCUAAGUACACCACAUUAAACGCGCUUCUAACGCAACGAUAACGCUCAGUAAACGCAAUUUACAGCCGCUUUCAAUAAACGAUCCCAAUCUCAAUCUUCAAUCCGAUUUCCAAGAAUGAACCAAUCAAAAUAAAACAUUUGUGAACAUGUCAAAAAAACUUUCUUGUGAUUGGUCUAUUUUCGAGAUAGAUAGAAAAAAGGAUUGAGAUCGUUUAUUGGAAAUGGCGGAUAGUGGAAAACUACUUAUAUUUAUGAGUUUACGCGGUGAAGUUUACAGAGCGUCUAUGAACUAUGAAUGCGCAUUAGCAGUUUGAUUAUAAAGCAUUGUGUGUUUAGGCCCUUAGUGUUAGAAAUAAUGUUAUUGCUCGAUAGCUUUACUUAUUGAGUAAUACAUUUAUAUGGAGCAUAUCUGGCUAUUAUAUUGUGCGUGACUAGUACGUAUACCUUUGAAGGCAAGAAAAAAACAGCAUAGAAAAGAGAUAUUUAUAUGGUAAUAGUUUAAGAUUUAUUUAAGGCGUGUGCCAUCACAAGUUUUCAAUGGAAUGAGAACGCUAUAAAUGGUUUCAAUGAACUUAAAAUAACCUGUCAUGUCCUAACACCGGGCCAGUCCUUUCGCUGAAUAUUUGGCCUUAUGCAAUAGUUUGUUUGGUAGUCACUACUUAGGUGGGUGUUGUUUCUUGUGGGUUUAUUAACUUGGGUUUGAGUCAAACAUCAAAUCAAUUUUCUAGUUAUAUUCUAAACCUAAAGUACAAUCAUUUUAAGUACCCAUCCUUCUGUAAAUCCUUAAAUAUUUUUCGUUUUAGAGAUUUUGCUGGUUGUAUUUAUCUUAAGAUAUUGUUAAUUGGGCAUAUUCAUUAUAAUCUACUGCAGGUAUCCAGAAUUUGUAUUGUGGAGCAUUUAAUAUACAAUCGUAUUAAACGUGCAUUUUGUUGAGUUUUAUAUUACAGCUAAGACAUUUUAUGUUAUGUAUAAUGUUAUUAUAUUAAAAAAACCUGUGUA